AUGGACGGGAACGAGGAUCGCGUCGAUGCCAUCUGGCAGAUUGGCGUCUUUGAUGCUCACUGUCACCCGACCGAUAUCUUAGCGUCCAUCAAGGACAUCGCCAACAUGAAAGCCAAGGUUCUUGCAGUUAUGUCGACCAGGUUACAAGAUCAGGACCUCGUUCGCGAAGCUGCCGGGAGAUACCUGCUCAAGGACUCACGCCCGGACUUCUUGGAAGAUGACUCAAGAUACGUGAUUCCGGCGUUCGGAUGGCACCCCUGGUUUUCACACCAGCUGUAUAAUGAUCUGGACAAGGAUGUCGAGCCGGACCAGGUGCAGCACUAUGAAAUGGUAUUGACACCGAAGCCGGCAGAUAUUGGAUUCAUGCAGGCUCUACCGCGACCGCGAUCUCUCCGCCAGUUUCUGCAAGAGACGGAGGAGAGGCUGAAAGAGUUCCCAUAUGCGCUCGUUGGAGAGGUCGGGUUGGACCGUUCUUUCCGUCUCCCAGAAGGGCCGAGUUCCAUGACAGGCGAUAUGAAGGGCAAAACCGGGGGCUCUGAAGAAGAAUAUACACCCGGAUCCCGGGAGGGGAGACCCCUCUCACCUUAUCGGGUCAACAUCGACCAUCAAAAGGCCAUCCUGAAGGCCCAGUUCGGACUUGCAGCAAAGCUACGUCGGCCGGUGUCCGUGCACAGCGUCCAAGCACACGGCUUAGUGUUUGAAGUCAUGGAAGCUCUGUGGAAGGGGCACGAGAGACCUUCAAAAGCACAGAGAAAGAAAGCUAGGGAGGCGGCAAAGGCUCAUCAUCCCGAUGAUGACGAGAAGUCGCAGCAGGUGGCGGAGCAGUCAAAGGCAUCUCCAUUCCCGCCGCGUCUAUGCAUGCACUCCUACUCCGGCCCUCCAGACGCGCUCAAGCGGUUCCUCGCGCCCUCCGUUCCUGCGGACAUCUACUUCUCGUUCUCCAUGGCGAUCAACUUCUCGAAUGCAUCCACCGCAAAAGUCACCAGUGUAAUCAAGGCGGUUCCGGAUGACCGAAUACUAGUUGAGAGUGAUUUGCAUUGUGCUGGGGAAAGGAUGGACAAGCUUUUGGAAGAGAUUGUGCUCAAGGUGUGUGAGGUUAAAGAGUGGCCAGUGGAGGAUGGCGUGCGACGGCUGAAAGAAAACUGGAUGAGAUUUAUCUUUGGCUGA